CUCAAAUCUCCACUACUACCCCACCAUUCUCAUCUUUUACCACACCAGCAAAUUCAACACAGUAACAAACAAGAAUUAUUAGUAGCAGAAAAAUGGAGAGAGAGAGCGCCCAUUUCCGCCAAAACAGCAGCGACCUCUUCAUCUGCCUCUCCUCCUCCUCCUCCAUGAAGCUCUCCAAAUCCAUCCUCAGCCCCGCCCACCGCCUCCGCCCCUCCAAGGCCUCCCCCUUCUUCCCCAAGAAGCGCCUCGACGCCCACGAGCCCUCCUCCCCCAAAGUCACCUGCAUCGGCCAGGUCAGAGUCAAAUCCAAGAAGAAGAAGAAGAAGAGGGCCAGCCGCAGCCUCUCCGCCCGAAGGGCCGAGGCCAGUUUCAGAAAAAUCGAGGCGCAGCAGCGGAGCCAGGGAUGGGUGCACCUGCCGGUCUCCAUCUGCGACGCGCUAAGGACGUGCUUCUCCGUGGAGGGGAGGAGGAGGGAGAUUGAGCUGGUGGUCGGCGCCGGAUUUGAGGAGGAUGGUGGAGAUGAGGUGAGACGGCGGCGGCACGUGUUGGAGGAUGUUGUGGUUGAGGAGGAGGCGGCGAGAGUGAGCAUUUGCAUUCCCCCCAAGAAUGCGCUUUUGCUGAUGCGGUGCAGAUCUGAUCCAAUGAAAAUGGCUGCUCUGGCCAACCGCUUCCAUGUUCAACAAAUUAAGGAAGAGGAAUUGGAGAUUUAUGAGGUUGAAGAUAAUGUUGUAGUACAAGAAGAAGAAGAGGAGGAGGAGGAGGAGUCGAAUAUGUCAUCAUUUGAAGCUCUGCUCGAUCAAGAAAAUGCAGAGAAAUUGGAAGAUUGCUGCCCAAUUGAAUUGGAAGAAAGCAGCCCAGUUUGCCAUCUUGCUCCUUCAAUUGAAGAAGAAGAAGAAACAGAAGUAAUUGAGUCCAUCAAUGGAGGUGAAGAAAAAGAGCAAGAGUCGAGUGUUACACCGAAAGACUCGAUCUUGUUAGAUAACGAAGACGGAGAUGAAGACGGAGAGUCGAGUAUUUUAGUAAAAGAUUCGAUCUUGGUAAAGAAUGAAGAAGAAGACGAUGAAAAGGAGCAAGAGUCGUCGAGUAUUGCACUGAAAGACUCGAUCUUGUCGGAUAAGGAGCUGCAAAAUGGGCCGGAAGAUGAAGGGGAAGAGGCGACGAUUUUGCCGAAUAACGAAAACGAGGAAGACGAGGACGAUGAGAAAGAAAAGGAGAAACCUUUACUAUCGAAAGAGCAAGAUUCAAUCUUGUUAAAUAACGAAGAGGAAGAAGAGCAGCAAAAUGAGGUGGUGAUUUCGGAAAAGGAGAAGCCUUUGCUGCCGGAGUGCUUGCUGCUAAUGAUGCGAGAGCCGAAGCUGUCCAUGGAAGUUUCUAGAGAGACAUGGGUGUGCAGCACCGAUUUCACCAAGGCGCGGCCGCGGAGGGGCGAGCAGAGGCGGCUCAGCGUCGACUCCAAGGCGAAGCGGAUCCAGCCGCCGAGGUCGUCGUGCUCCCUGGCGUCGAUGAUACAGCAGAAGUUGGCCAAUGCGGCGGCGCACGAGCCCUUGGUGCUGACGAGGUGCAAGUCGGCGCCGAUGAGGGUUGUUGCGCGCUCCGCUGGAGUCGGGGUUUGAGCCGAGCUAGCUAGCCGCUACUGUGGAUGCUCUACAGCAAUGAUUGUUGGAAUCUUAUCGAGCUUAGUGUGAGAGUGAGGACUCUAUUACUGUGUUAGUGUGACUCUACUUUUGAUUCCUAGCCAUGUUUCUUCUCUGUAAAUCUUUUUUCUCUUUUCCAAUAUUUAGCUAUGAUUAUUUUUAUUGGUGAUGUAGUAAUGUUCAAUUUUAGAAUAAUGUCAUAUAUAUGAUUGGUGUUUGAUCA